GUCGCUCGGAGUGGAAUCCACACCUCGUCGUCGUCGAACCCGCCCACUUACACCCACGAUAACAAACGGGUUCUACAGCCGCCACCAUGGCUUCCAAAGUCGUCACCGGCGUGGUCAAGACCACCGCAGGCGGCGUUGUGCCCGUCUACCAUAAAUACACCGUCCAAUCCGUCGGCAUCUGGGACCGCAUCCGCCGCGCCUUCGCCAUCGACCCCAACCGCUCCAACGGCGUGCCCUUGAACCCCUACAACCGCAACCCAUCCCCCGGCUCUCUUGACCCCUUGUCCUACGACGACCCCGUCACCCUUCCCGCCGGCGACAUCGCCGACAACCCGUACUGGAAGCGCGACGCGCGGCGCAACUACCCGCGCCUGAGCGUGGUGGGCCAGGCCGAGGCCGUUGCCUUGCUGUCAGUCGGCAGCGCGAGCCACCCCCGUGUGGAGCUGGUGGGCGAGAACGGGAGCAAGCAGCUGGUUGCGGCGCAGGAGGCUGGUAAGGCGGGUGGACUGGCCAGGUUCUUUGAGGGAAACGGGGUGGAGGCUGGUAAACUUGUGCUGGCGGAGACGGGGGGAUUGCCGCCGUUGCCGAGUGGUGAGAAGCUGGUGGAGGGCGGCAAGUGGGAUGUGCAUAAGUAUCAGUUGGCUGAGGAGCCUUCUUAUUCUGAGGCCUACCCUUGCAGGUCGUUCUCUUAAAGUGGAAGGUUAUGGAGAUGAGGAGCUUGUGAGCAGGACACAUGAGCUGAAAGAAGGGACCACAGGACCUUUGAUGGAGGGAUAACAACAGACAGACAGACAAGGCCACAGAGACCAGAUACGUUCAGGCUGGUGUACAUAGCAGGCAAGCAAGCAAGCAAGCAAGCAAGCAAGCAAGCAAGCAAGCGGUAG